AUAUAAUGAAAUGUGAAAGUGAUUGAGACCUUCAGUGAAGCUCCUCCUACAACAAUCCACCAAUAAAUUCUGGAGUCAAACACACAGAGAAAUCACUCCAUGUGUUACAACUGAAAUCUUCAUGACAUAAUGUUGAUGCUGGUGAAAGAGGAGCUUGAGAAGAUGACAAAUCCACAACCAUGCAGAAUAAAGAAUGAAGAUACUGAGGAACAAAUAGAUAUGAUGGAAGUGAAUAAGGACAGCCAAGCUGAAAUGAAUGAACCGGAUAAGAAACAUCAGAAUGUAAAAACAAAAUGUAAUGCUUCACAGAAAGAAACUCUGAAGACAGAAGACAAAAAAUGUGAAAAGAGUUUUAGUAAAGAUGGACACCCUGAAGAUCACAAGAUGACUCAAAAUGGAGAGAAACCAUUCACAUGUCAACACUGUGGAAAACACUUCACCCAAAAAUCAACGUUUACAAUCCACAUGAGAGUUCACACUGGAGAGAAACCUUACAAAUGCAGUCAGUGUGAGAAAAGUUUUUCCUAUAAAAACGUCCUUAAAGCACACAUGAGAGUUCACACUGGAGAGAAACCUUACACGUGUCAACAGUGUGGUAAAAGUUUCACUAAUCAAUCAGGUUUUGAUAACCACAUGAAAAUUCACACCGGAGAGAAACCUUACAAAUGCAGUCAGUGUGAAAAGAGUUUUCGCUCCAGAAGUUAUCUGAAGGAACACAUGAGAGUUCACACCGGAGAGAAACCUUUUCCAUGCCAGCAUUGUGAAAAGAGUUUCCUAAAUGCAAAACAACUUAACAGACACGUGAGAGUUCACACCGGAGAAAAACCUUUUGAAUGUCAUCAAUGCGGAAAGUUUUUCAGAUGUUGCAGUAACCUUAUUUCACACAUGAGAGUUCACACUGGAGAGAAACCGUUCAUGUGUCAACAGUGUGGAAAGACUUUUGCCCCCAAAAAAAGCCUUGACAUGCACAUGAAAAUUCACACUGGAGAGAGACCAUUCCCAUGUCAUCAUUGUGAAAAGAGUUUCACGUGUAAGAGUCAACUUACGACACACAUGAGAAUUCACACUGGAGAGAAACCGUACAAGUGCCAUCACUGCGAGAAGAGCUUUACAACCAGUGGUAGGCUUAAGGAACACAUAAGAGUUCAUACCGGAGAAAAACCAUUCAUGUGUCAACAGUGUGAAAAGUGUUUUUCAGGAACAAGCCAACUUAAAAGACACAUGAGAGUUCACACUGGAGAGAAACCAUUCAAAUGUGAACUGUGUGAAAAAAGUUUUAGAAAUACAAAUACCCGUAAGAUACACAUGAGAGUUCACACCGGAGAGAAACCAUACACGUGUCAACAGUGUGGAACGAGUCAUAGGAGUCUAUCAGGAUUCAAGAGGCACAUGAAAAUUCACACUGGUGAGAAACCAUACGGAUGUCAUGAUUGUGAAAAGAGUUUUCACGAAGCAUUUGAACUUAAGAGUCACAUGAAAAUUCACACUGGAGAAAAAACAUUUACAUGCAGUCAGUGUGGAAAGCUUUUCAGAGAUGAAAGUAAUCUUAAGAUACACGCAAGAAUUCACACUGGAGAGAAACUGUUCGCUUGUCACCAGUGUGGAAAAAAAUUCACACGUGAAGGUGCUCUUAAUGCACACAUGAAAAUUCACACCGGAGAGAAACCGUUCACGUGUCCACACUGUGGAAAGAGUUUUGCCAAAAAAUCAGCGUUUACAGUCCACAUGAGAAUUCACACUGGAGAGAGAUCAUUUGUAUGUCAACAUUGUGAAAAGAGUUUCUCGUGUAAGGGUCAUCUUAAAAGACACGUGAGAAUUCACACUGGAGAGAAACCGUACAAGUGCCAUCACUGCGAGAAGAGUUUUACAACCAGUGGUUACCUUAAUGAACACAUAAGAGUUCAUACCGGAGAGAAACCAUUCAAAUGUGAACUGUGUGAAAAAAGUUUUAGAAAUACAAAUAGCCGUAAGAUACACAUGAGAGUUCACACCGGAGAGAAACCAUACACGUGUCAACAGUGUGGAACGAGUUUCAGCAAUCUAUCAGGACUCAAGAGGCACAUGAAAAUUCACUCUGGAGAGAAAGCCCAUUCACAUGCAGUCAGUGUGGAAACCAUUUCAGAGAUGGAAGUAAACUUAAGAUACAUGCAAGAAUUCACACUGGACAGAAACCGUUCCCUUGUCACCAGUGUGGAAAAAAAUUCACAAGUGAAGACACUCUCUUAAAGGCGGAGUCCACGAUUUUUGAAAGCCAAUGUUGAUAUUUGAAAUCACCUAAACAAACACGCCCCUACCCCAAUAGAAUCUGAACCUUCUGUUAACAGACCCGCCCCACACAUACGCAACCCAGCAAGGAUGUCGGUUAGUAGACACGCUCCUUACUGCUGAUUGGCUAUAAGUGUGUUUUGGUAGUCGGCCCGUCUCCUUUUCCCAAGCGUUUUUCAAACAUCGUGGACUCCGCCUUUGAUUCACAUGAAAAGGUACACUGGAGAGAAACCAUUCACGUUCAACACUGUGGGAAGUGUUUUACAUGGAAAUGUAGUUUCAGAAUUCAUCCGCGCCCUCACACUGGAGAAAAGACAUUUAAAUGUGAUAAAUGCAGUAAAAAGUUUAAAUCCUCAUCACAUCUGAAGAGACACAUGAGUGUUCAUGCAAAGGUGAAAUCUUAAUUUUGUUCAUGUCAGUAAUAGCCUGCAUGUUGGUUUGAGAUCUCGAUUUGCUUUGAGUGUGGUGAAACUUUGAGAAAAAGUUUGGGUUUCGUAUGCCCCCAGACCCCCUUCACAUUUUUAUUCUUAUAUUUUGCUAAUUUUGUAAUCUUUAAUGUUGAUUAUUCCAGAAAGCUGGUUAUGUGACAUACCCGGAUAUGUUUGAAAUAAAAAAUGUGUUUAUGUAUAAUGUGUGGGCACAUUAACUAUCAGUUACCAGUAGGAGGUUGAUUAAACUAACUCUUGCCAAGUGUUUUGGAACCAACACGAUCAGGGUAAUCAGGUUUUGGGUUAAUCAAUUGAAAAUCCAGGGUUUCGUUGAUGGUAAAUUACCCCCACUUUCUUAAAGGGGACAUUCCAUGAAAAUCAGACUUUUUCCACGUUUAAGUGCUAUAAACGGGUCCCCAGUGCUUCUAUCAACCCAGAAAACAUGAAAAAUAGCAACCCUGUAACUUUGUUUUGGUAAGGCUCUCUCUGCAAGCAUGUGAAUAAAUAGGUCAUGCGGAUUUCGCUCCCCCCAUGACGUAGGUAAGGGCUCCAAUUAUAAUGAUACCGCCCCUUCAACUGCGCUAUCCAACCAUGAGGCUACCUCGAGUGCGAUAGACAGAGAGAAAGAAUGACUGACAGCACGACGCGUUUGUAUUCCAUCAAACACAAACAGGAGCCUACAAUCUUAUAACUUGUAGUUUUAAUAAUCUUUCUAAAGAUUGAAUUAACGUUCUAAAGGAUUAACGUUACCUUAGUGCAAGAGAGAGAGAGAGAGUGAGCGAACGAACGAGAGAGAGAGCAACGCGACGGUUCGCUUUCAAGUAAGUUAUGUUGUUUAAUAUGUUUCUCUGAAGUUUAUAUGAAUGAAGACGAGGAUUAAUGCACUGCACGAGACAGAGUGAGUGAACAACGCGUAUUCACUAUCAUACACAAUAAGUAAAUAUGUUGUUUAAUGUUUCUCUGAAGUUUCAAAUGAAUACGAGGAGUAACAAGAUAGAUGAGAGACUGACAGAAACGCGAAUGUGUUCAAUAUGUGUUCACAAUAAACUUAAACAUGUCAUUUGAUCUGUUUCUCUAAAGUUUAAGCAUUAAACGUGUUGUUUUAUUACAGAUCAGUUAAAUGUGCUCGUGUGAUUUGGUCAAAAAGUAAACUUCUGAGUGUUUGUGGACGUGUAAUUUAUUGUAACAUGCUGAAAAUCAUUGUGCCCGUUUAAAACACUAUGAGACCUUAAAGUCUUUAUUUUUAUUCUACAAUGUUUCCCAUCUACUGAUUAGCAUGUAUUUAGUAUGCAUAAAACAGAUAAUUGACUUUUUAAACUUGUUCAAAUAUAUAAUGCUUAACAUCGCUCACUAACUUCUUUCGUGAGAGAAUCUCCCUCGAUGCUCUGUCUACAGCGCCACCGCUUGAGACUCCGCCCACCUGAGCAGCUCGUUUGGAUUUAAAGGGAUACACACAAAAACGGUGCAUUUUUGCUCAGAACCAUAAAGUGCCUAUUUUAACAUGUCACAAUAAAUUACAUAUAUGGUAUUUUUAGCUAAAACUUCACAUAUGUACUCUGGGGACAUCAAAGAUUUAUUUAAUAUCUUAAAAACAUCUUCUGGAAUGUCCCCUUUAAAGGGACUAAGUAGGAUUUUAAGUGUUUUAUGAAUUAAAAUCAAUGUCUUUAUUCAUAAAUAUGUCCUUGUUCGUGUCAAAUGACCUCUGCCAGUGAUCUGACUUUUUGUUGUAAGCUUAGAAUUUCUUCUCUUUACUUGCAUUGAACGGGUAAGUUCCAUGUCGUUCCGCCGUAUUGAUAAACUAUAAUAGCAGAGAGGGACAAAAAGCACUAGCCUACCAACGCGUUUUCAUUCAAAACAUGUGAACCAGCUGAAACGGACAAGGAGAUCAGUGACUACAUAAAGGUUACCGUAGUUGCAACACGCAUUCGGAAGAGUGAGGCGCUAGAGAGCACUAUUUGUUUGAAUGCAAAAUACAUUUUUACCACUAGAUGGGGGGAAAUCCUACUUAUUGUCCCUUUAAAUACACCGUAGUAAUAAAUGUUUUGGCUACAAAAAUAAUUUUUGCAUGCUGACUGUAUGUUUGGUACCUCAGGUGAACACAAUCCUAAUUUUUAAGUACUAACAAAUACAGUGUUAUCCUCCCUUGAUAUGUAAACAAAUUUAUUCAUUAUUCAUUUGAAUGCUUUCACUAAACCUAUGCUUUAGAUGUUCUUAGUUGUUUUUAGACAAUCUUUUGUUUUCAUAGUUUUAAUUUGUACAUGUCAAAUUUUUCCUGUUUAUCUUUUUAAAGUAAAUCUGCUCGUUGUUUAAUUACUGUGUUUACGGUCUCAACUCCUUCCCUGAUUUAUCAAAGAUAUGUCUGUUAUUUUGUUAAACUUGUUAAUGGUUUUCUCAUUGAUUUGUCUCAGAUUACAUAAAAAUACCCAUUUAGAUUCAAAACCUCUGACUUCCUUGUCUCUUAAAGUUGA